UGUUGUCACUCUCCUCCAACCUGCUCCCCGCUCAGCAUGGCCAGAUUUACGCAAAGUGAAAGCAGAAGGGAUCAGCAGCAGCAUCAUCCCCAGCCGACUCAUCCCGCCCCCGUCAACCUGCUUCUACAGCAGCCGCUCCUACUUAUCCCUCAUCAGAAUCAGCUCGCGCACAUCCCGGUUCCGAAACCCAUGAACGGACCAGAAACUGUCUGCAUGCACACGGACUGCGGCGCCAUGAAAGACCAGGACGCCAUCAAGCUCUUCAUUGGACAGAUUCCGCGGAACCUCGAGGAAAAAGACCUGAAACCUCUCUUUGAACAGUUUGGGAAAAUCCACGAACUGUCUGUUCUGAAGGACCGAUACACAGGCAUGCAUAAAGGUUGUGCGUUUCUCACCUACUGUGCCCGGGAUUCUGCCAUCAAAGCCCAGAAUGCAUUGCAUGAGCAGAAAACCCUACCUGGGAUGACUCGUCCCAUCCAAGUGAAACCAGCUGACAGUGAGUGUCGUGGAGAGGACAGGAAGCUGUUUGUGGGGAUGCUGAACAAGCAGCAGACAGAGGAGGAUGUGUACCGCCUAUUUGAGCCCUACGGCGCCAUCGAUGAGUGUACCGUACUAAGAGGUCCUGACGGAAACAGCAAAGGUUGUGCAUUUGUGAAGUUCUCUACUCAUUCUGAAGCGCAGUCUGCCAUCAGUUCCCUUCAUGGGAGUCAGACCAUGCCGGGAGCGUCGUCCAGCCUCGUCGUGAAGUUUGCAGACACAGAUAAGGAGAGGACCAUACGGCGCAUGCAGCAGAUGGCUGGACAGUUUGGCAUCUUCAACCCCUCUGUCGCCCUACCUACGUUCAGCAGCUACAGUAGCUAUGCACACGCCUUGAUGCAGCAGCAGCAGCAGGCAGCGGUGAUGGCCAUGUCUCAGGGGGGCUACCUGGCCCCCAGCCUCUCCUUCCCCUCUGCCCAGAUCCACCAGGUGGGGGCACUAGCAAUGAACGGUCUGCCGCCCAACCCCCUGAAUCUCGUGUCAGGUCUGAGCUCUCCUCCAGCCACCCUGCCCUCCUCCCUGACCAGCCUGGUGGCCCCAAUGAUGAACGGGUACACCGGCCUCACCCACCAGGCUAACGGGCACCCUCUCGAGACCCUCUACACCAAUGGCCUGCCGACCUACUCCACCCAGAGCCCUACUGCUGCGGACACACUGCAACAGGCCUUUACUGGGGUACAGCAAUACACAGCCAUCUACCCAGCAACUACACUGACCCCUCUAGGUCAGUCACUUUCACAGCACCCUCAGGUCAUUGGCCAACAGCAGAGGGAAGGUGAGGGACCAGAGGGCUGUAAUCUGUUCAUCUACCACCUGCCCCAGGAGUUUGGCGAUAACGAACUGAUGCAGAUGUUCCUGCCCUUCGGCAAUGUUAUCUCCUCCAAGGUAUUCAUGGACAGAGCGACCAAUCAGAGCAAGUGUUUCGGCUUUGUGAGCUUUGAUAACCCGGGUAGUGCCCAGGCUGCCAUCCAAGCCAUGAAUGGUUUCCAGAUUGGUAUGAAGAGACUCAAGGUGCAACUCAAACGUCCCAAAGACGCCAGCCGCCCCUACUGACACCCCCCAGUACAGUAUCUGUAUUUCUCUUCCCACUUCUUUCCACUUUCUCCCUCUUCCUUUCUCUUCCUCCAUAGGUUUAAUCAGAGGUAUGGAGGACGUCUUUGAUUGAAUAAGGCAUUUUGUGUUGAAUAAGACAUUUUGUGAAAGGAAAAAGGGAAAAAGUUAUUCUGUUUUUAAAACAAUGGAAAAUAGACUUCAUAUGGGAGUUGGGAAGAGAUCUCUUUUUAUCUUCAAUCAUAUCUGACUGGCAGAGGGAGGACUCACAGCUCUGCACCAGUGAAGGUUUGGCAUCACAGAUGAGAGAGCAAUGGGAUGAUGCAUAAGGAUAGAACAAGACUUUCAAAACAAACAGAAAACUUUUUUUAAAGAUACAAACAGAAAAAAACAACAAUUUAGAAUCUUUGGAGACUUGAGAGUGAAGAAGAACACCACAGACAGACUAAGAAACAGUGUUAAAAAUAAUAUGGAUUUAUGAUGAACUCAGAGGAGUCUAGUGAACAAAAAGAGACUUCAGGUUUUUCCUACCAUGAAAUGGACAAAUGAGGGUUCAAACUUGAUCUGAGGAUUCUAAGUAUAUCUGGGGGAAAAAAAUAUUUAUUUCUCUGUGAGUCCUGAACCUGCUCUUUCUCAAGUUUCCAUAGCAACCGAACAAACUGCACCCCCUUGGGAUCUGAGGACCAAAUGUUUUUCUCUUUAACAGUCUUGUACAAAAUACUAACAAUCAUAUAAUACAAUACAGUAUAAUGUUUAGUCUAGUACAAACUAACAAUCAUUAAAUACUUAAAUGCAGUAUUCUACCUUUAGUUUAGUACACAGAGAAGAGAAGAGAAGUACUUCAGGUCGGCAUUGGAUUUAUUCACCAUCAGUGUACUGCUGACUACUAAGGAGUAUGUAAAUGUAAAAUGGGAUCAUGUAGAAUUCAGUUGGAGAGGUUAGUGAAGAAGAAUGUUGCCCCGAGCUCUUUCUGUGGGAUGGAAUACAUUAUGAAGUGUUUGUUUGUUUGUUUGAAAGCCACCUUUUAUCAUCAUUUUACUGAUAGGCUACACUUCCUCUUUGGGCACUCAGUUUGACCCUCGGACUUUUAGUUUUGUCUCCCUCUGUGCAGCAACCACUCUGAGCCUCCAUUCUAUUCAAAGUUGCCCAUAGGCACAGAUGUAGGAGCAGCUCACUUUGCCCAAAUACUAACCUUAAGCAUUAGGAAGAAAAUGCUAAACUGUUCUUAGAUCAGUCUGAAGGGGCUAUGUCAUCCUACUUCAUUCUAUUCUGCCUAUAAAGCAAAGGCCAUUGGCUCACAUUCCGUUUCAGGAGCUUACUACAGUUCUCGGCUCAGGGGUUAAAAGGUCUCGAGUCAGGUGUGCCUAAUGUUCGGAUGAGAUUGUCCAUAGAAACUGAUCUUAAGUCAGUUUUCUGGGUAAGAUGGUUAAUGGUUAAAGUUAGGAUUUGGGGAGGGCCAGCUGAUCCAAGAUCUGUGUGUCCACUUUGAUUAGCCAGUAGAUUUAGCGGGAUGCAUUGCUUCGUUCAUUGGGUCUGUUUUGUGACAAAGAAAUUAUUUGUGUAUUUACAUUUCAGGGAUUAUUUUAACGAGGGCCAGGAGAUUUUUCUGGUCAGGUCACAUGCUCCGGAAAAACUCCUUUACCUUACCAAAACACAAAAAACCACAAGUACAGAUGUAGGAUCUUAAUUUGAGCCAGUUUUCUACAGCAGGAAAAUAGUCCUGCAGCAACAGGACAUUUUAAUUAUUAUGUGGAUUAUACUGUAAUUAAUGGACAUUUUUGUAGGGGUUGAUAACAUUUGUAGUAAGGGAAAAUCAAGUCUGAAAUUUCAAAGUGGAAAUGACAAACUUCAGAAGCCUUUUUAAACCUCAAAUGUACCGCAUUGCAGGAAAGUUCUCCUGCAACAGGGUGAUGAAAUUAAGAUCCUACAUCUGUAUGGCACAGGUUAGAAUUUGUUUAUGGCACAAGCUAUUUUAUCAUUGUAUAACGUUACUGUGACUUUUUCUUUUCAACAUAUAUAACUGUAUGGCUCAUAUCAAUUUGAGUCCGCACUGCAGUACUAUUCACACACAUAAAACAGGACUAGCUUUUCUCAAGUAAGUCAGACUCCUCUCACAUAGAUGCUCAUGCUAGAACGCCUCCCCUCACGUAGAUGUGUGCCGUUUUGAUGGAGAAGACUGGUUGAAUAUCAGCCAGUUAUCUUGUGAGGGGAGGCGUCAUCGUCAGCAGCACAGAGCGGUGCAGCGUUAGAGUAGAAAGCCUUCUGAUCCAUUACAUUUUAAGGAGGUGCCUGCAGUCCCCUCUCACUUGCAUUUGGGUGAAUGUUUUAUUCAGUAUGGAGAGAGGGAGUGGAGACUACUUUACUGGGAGUAGACUUCAAAUCUGCUUUUAAAGAGCUCUACAAGGUCAAAUCUUGAGCACAAGUCAUUCUUUGUGCUGUGCAGGACAGGUUGGGAAUGCUGUCACAGUACCUCCCUCAGGGAACACAAGAAACCAAUGGAGGAACAUCAAAACACACUCUAGAAUACAUUGGAGGAUGAUUCCAAGAGACACUCUAGAAUGCAGGGAUGGAGGGAGGGAAGGAAGGGAUGUUUUCUCUCUUUUUCCUUCAUUUCUUUGGUAUUCAUCACAUAUUCAAUAGUGAACCAUAUUUUCACUAACUCAUAGUGAAUGUUACUGCCUAUUUUACUUACAGACCAUUCCUGACCCUCAUAUAAGUGAAUUUGCCAAGUAAUGUUUAAUCGUUCUAUGAAUUCUAAUAUGUACAUUUAAUUAUCUUGUAACAUUCCAGGCCAGUUGGCAGCCGAGCGAUAAAUAUGAAGUAGCUAUUUUAGUUUUAUCGACAUUAGUUUAUUCACUGUGCACAGAAUCCUAAACCAACCAGACAUAUGGAUUUCAAUCAUUGCCUAAAUUUAGCCUACUUCUCAUUAGCUAACUGCCAGCCCAUUCGUUUUUAUCUGCAUGUUGUUUCCCCUCACACAGAUGUAUUCAAAGGAAGAAACGGCCAUUUUGAUUAGAGUCAAGGGUCAACUCCAUUUCAAUCACUUGUCAGUUGAACUGGACAUUAUAAUUUCUCUGUGGGAAUGUAGUUAAAUUCCUAUAUUGACUGUAAAGACACCAAUGUUGGUUUUGAUGAUGCCUCUGUGAAAUGUUUACUGACCAGCAGCCUCUCACCACUGUUAGCAGCAUCGAAAUCGAGAGUUUGUCAUUUGUCAAAUUGCUAUGGUCUGCCAGGCUUUAACCCUUCUCGGGAUUAUAUUUCUACGGUAAGCAGAGCUUGGCCUGCGACUGAUGCAGGAAGACAGUCAGUCUAAUGUUUGAUCUAGAUCCUUAGGUAACAGCAAUAGUCCUAGUUGCACUAAGAGACAAGCCGUGCACUACAGUAACCCUGACAAGUCCUUUGACCUUUGCUUGUCCUAUAAACAUAAAGCAGUAGCCUAAAGGCUAAAACGAAUGCUAUUAUUGCCAAGCAGCUGGUUGGAAAUGUACUUGUAUAUUUCUAUGUUCUAUUCAGGUUCUGGUGUUAUGUGCUUUUUCAGGGGUUGGGGGACAUAAAGAUAGUUUACUGUG